CCCGUGCCGAAACCGAAGGUCAAGCCGAUGAAGGAUAAGGAAGGGACCGCAGGCUCCAGUGGUAGGCUGACACCCUCCGGUAGUGGCACUGCGACGAAGGGGAAGAAGGCCACUGCGACGUCUGCUACGGUCGCCGCAGCUGCCAAACGAGCUGUCUCUGCUGCCGUAGGUCCUUCACGCUCCCGCUCUGCGUCUGAGAUGCCCAUGCCCGCGGAACCGACGCCGACACCGAAGCCCAAAGCACAACCGGAGGAGGAGGAAGAGUCGGAAGAGGAUGCUGUGGACGACAAGCUGUAUUGUAUCUGCAAGACGAACUACGAUGAGGACAAGGUCAUGAUCGCUUGCGAUAGAUGCGAUGAGUGGUAUCACACGCAAUGUUUGAACAUGAACGAUUUGGAGGUCGAUUUGAUUGACCAGUUCGUCUGCCCCCUCUGUAUCAAGGCCAACCCCAACAUGCCCCUCCAGACGACGUACAAGCAGCGAUGCAUGGCCGGACUGAAGCAUCCACACCCAUCCUCUCCUUCCGCAUGUCACAAGCCCGCACGCGGGGCAUUCUCCAAGUUCUGCUCGGACGAGUGUGGCGUCGCAUACAUGCAACGACGUAUCCAAGGGUGGGGUGGAGACGCAGCUAUGCUUUGGGCCAGCAUUCAAGACACGAAGCAGCGCGAGGGUGUCGUCGUCAAAGUUCAAGUGAUUGGCGGACCCAAUGGUUUCAAUACGGGUGGCAAGCACCCAGGUCAAGCGGUCAACUCUGUGGCGCAGGAAGCGCACGAGGUCCAGAGGCCAAUUCACACGCAGCGAGACCGCGCCAUUGCUCGCUUGCGAGCACAGCUCAACAAGAUCACGCCGAAGCGUGAGGAGUUGAAGAAGGAGCUUGAGGUGAUCCUGUGGCGGCAGAAGCUGCUGCGACUCGCCGCUGCUCGUGCGGACAGGGUAGACGAGUGUGGCUGGGAUCAACGACUUGUCUUCGACGAAGAGGAGUACGCCGAAUUCGCAGAGGGAGUCUUCGAGACCUACGAGGAGUCGAAUUCUCGGUCGAACGGCACCGUGGACGACCCAAUGCACGUUGAUGACGCUGAAGAGCACGGGGAGUGGUGGUGCAGGGGAAAGAAGAAAUGCCAGCGCCACGCUGGGUGGCAAAAGCUUCGCGCAAGUGAAAUUGAAUGCGAUAUGGAGAUGAACGAGAGGUUGAUGUCGCAGUUGACGACUGAGGAGCGUGAGAUUCGGACGCAGCUGGAGGACGUCACGAGUGCACCGGUUCGCAAGCUGGUCAUGCCAGGAUCUCUCCAUCCGCCGAAUGGACACCAGGGAGUGAAUGGGACCAAGGCGAGGCCCAACGGAACGUCCGGGAAGAAGGGCAAGCAGAAGCAUUGA